CCGGAAGACAACGGCAGGUUGCAAGAAGAUGGUAUCUACGAGAGCGGACCGGUGGUCAACGAUGGAAAACACUCUCUUUUGCAGUAUGCCAUGCUGAAUUUCAGACAAAGCACGGAGAAGUUCGAGAUGCUGAAGACUGCCGACGGGUCCAUAAGUGGCUCGUUGAAAGUCAUCGAGUCGUUGAAGAGCAAAAAGAAGAACAAGAAGAGCAAAGGUCAACAGGACGGCGCGGAAUGGACCUGGAAGGAGCAAGUGGACACGUCAAGUACUCACCUGUGCCUAUCGAGCAAAGUCUUUUGAGGCUGGAUGCGGAUCUGAGCGCCUUAGCUGUGGAGUGUUUCGUGUGUCUCAUGAGAUACAUGGGCGAUCAACCGUUGCCUCCAGACACCAGCGAAGUCAAGUGUGUUUACACUAUUUUGAUGCACUGUCACAAGUACGAACACCUGCGAGACGAGGUCUAUUGCCAACUGAUGAAGCAGACCACGAACAAUAAGAGCCCGAAUCCCGAUAGCUGUCAGCGGGGUUGGAGGAUCUUCAGCAUCGUCGCUGCCUAUUUCACUUGCAGCGACGGUCUGAGGCCUUACCUCACCAAAUAUCUCGAAACGGCGGCGUACGACAAACGAAGAGCUUAUCACGGGACUGCCACGGUGUGCCUGCAAAACCUCAGGAAGACUGUUAAAUAUGGCGGGAGGAAGAACGUGCCCAGCGUUGAUGAAAUUAUGGCGAUCAGUGUUGGCAGAAACGCGAAGAGACAGAUUUACCGACUGCCAGGUGAAACGGAGAGGGUUAUCAACACGAAAUGUACCACGGUAGUGCAGGACGUUAUCGAGGAGAUGUGUAAUGUAAUAUCCGUAAGACAUCCUCACGAAAUGGAUGAAUUCUCGUUAUACUACAUCGUCGACGGUGAUGCGUUCACCAUGCCAUUAGCUAGAGACGAAUAUGUGCUGGAUGUUACGACGGAACUCUACAAGAAUCAUCAAGUCUUCUACUUAAUAUUCUGCAGAUUCGUGUGGUACUACCCUCUUAGAUUGGACGCUCCACUGUACAUAGAAGUAUUGUUCAACCAAAUCGCUUCGGACUACUUGGAGGGUCUCCUCUUGGUUCUACCCGGAGAGCAUUUACCUCAAGAAGUCGUGUACGACAUGGCGCAGAUAGCAGCCCUUCUCCACAGAGCAGCAGACAUGGCGCACGAACCAACCACCAAGGAAAUUAAAUAUCUACUACCGAAGCCAGUGCUCAGUUUACGGGAGCCACGGCCUCAACAAUGGGCAAACAUGGUCCAGCAGGCAUGGAACAAUGUACAGCAUACCGCGGUGGCUGCCUGUAAAGCACAGGUUCUUGAAAUUUUGUGGAAGUGGCCGUUAUUUGGAUCUAGCUUCUUCGCCGUGAAAAAAGUGCCUGAAGGAAAGGAAAAGGGUGGCGAUCACAUACUGGCCCUCAAUAGACAUGGAGUGCACUUCAUUGAUCUAAUCACUCACGAGACGCUGCACCACUAUCCCACUUCUGACACCAAUUUUGCUACGUCCCAGCUUAUCUGCACUGAUCCGGGUUGCCCCUGUUUAGUGCCCGUCUCCGGCACUCCAGACAGCGGGCCGCUGCAUGGGCCAGACGGCCUUCUCGCACCAGCCGAUGUACGUGUGCUGGUGCGUAUUCUCGUGCCUCCACUUCCGAGAAGGUCCAAUGGCACCCAUCACAGACGAUGGUGCCAUUGGGCCCCACCCAAGCCUGUCCCUGGAUGCACUCCCUCCGCCUGA